CCUGGCCGCGCCUCCUCCCGCCCUCCGGGCCGGCGCCUGGCUUCCCUCUUCCUCCUGCGCCUCCGCCUCCUUCCACACAAAUACCAACUCCUCAACCCGAGCCCAGAUCUCGCCGCCGCUGCCGCCGCCACACUCCUCUCGGGCUUGGCCUCGCGAGACUUCCGCUCUGUCCCGGCCCCGCCCCGCCUCGCUCCCACUCGCUGGGCCACGCUCUCGCUCCUCCCUCGCUGCCAAUCCUGCGGCCUUGCUCGCCGCCAUGACCCCGCCCCAUAGCUCGGGCUCCUACCGGAUUGGGGCCGCUGGGGUAGGGGGCGGGGAGGCCCCCACGCGCGCUGGCUGGCCCGGGGCGCGUGACGUCAGCGCGGCGCCGACGCCACCGCUCAGUGUCGCGCGGCCUCCGCCCUUCGCUUUGCAACAGCGACAAAAAACGGUGCCUGGGGCCCGGGCUGCACUCGGGUAUGGGGCGUCACCGCUGCAGCCGCCGCCUCAGGAUCCGGAUUUAGUCCGGGGCUGCUUUGAACUCAAGGCAGUCUUCCUGCCUCAGCUUCCCGAGUGCUGGGAUUACAGGCGUGUGCCACAGCGCCUGGCUCUACUCACAGUGGACCCUCGAGUUGACCGGCCUUAUACACAAACAACUUGGGUUACCACCAGAAUUUAAUUGUAGCUUAAUGACCAACAUUGUGAGUUUCGACCUGAGUUCCAGCUGCUUGUGCAGUUGUAAACAAAGACUCUAUGCCAGAGCCAGUCUGAGUCGAGAUGUGGUGUUUGUGGACAUGAUUUCAGUCAGUGCUUUAUAUAAUCGCUUCGAUUACUGCUAUCAGAAUGGCCCCCAAAAAGCUAGAAAGGAAGCUAAGGAAGGAAGGGAAGGUCAAGAAAGCAAUCACAAUUGAAAAGAAGAAAGAAAUUGUGGAGAAAUAUGAGAGUGGUGUGCGUGUUACCGAUCUGGCUAAUAUGUACAGCAUGUCGAAAUCCACCAUCUCGACAAUCUUACGGAGAAAAGAUCUGUAUAAGGAAGCUAGUGUGGCUAAAGGUGUUACUCAAAUUAGUAAGUCUCGAUCAACAGUACUAGAGCAGGUAGAAAGGCUGUUACUAGAGUGGAUAAAUGAAAGGCAGACGACAGGUUACAUCCUAUCUGAGUCUAUCAUCUGUGAAAAAGCUAGGGCGAUAAAUGCAGAUCUUGUAAAGGACAAUCCAUCAACGCGUGAUAAUGGUGAAACAUUUCGUGCCAGUAGGGGGUGGUUUCACAAUUUUAAAGCGAGAACUGGGGUUCUUAGCGUGACUAGGCAUGGUGAAGCAGCCAGUGCUGAUAAAAGGGCUGCUGUUGUAGCAGAGUCUACAGGCCCACAGGUAGACAGUGGUGAUGUUAAGGAACUGGUGGAGGAACACUCAGAGGGAUUGUCUACAGAGGAACUUCAGAAAAUUGCAGCUGAGGAGCUUUCUGAAGAGGAAGGAGAAUAUCAACAAUCAGUGCAGCAAGGUUCUUCCUCUGAAAUAAAGGAAAUCCUAAAAAAAUGGACAAAGCUACAAAUAUUUGUAGAGAAGACCCACCCAGACAGAGAAAAAGCCAAUCGUUGCAUUCACUUGCUUAAUGACAAUGUCAUGUCAUACUAUAGAACAGUGUUAAAGAAAAGACAGAAACAGACAGCCUUAGACCAGCUUUUAGUCCUGAAAAGAUUGAGACCUAGUGAGCCUGAAGCAGGUCCUAGUGGGCUGCAGACUCUCCCAAGGAGAGAAAGGACACCAGAGAGCCAGAUUCCUCAUGUUCUUAUGGAAGGGGCCUCUCCUUCCAAACAAUAACCACCUUCCAUUUCAUCCUUCCUUCCUGCAAGCCAAAGAUGUCAACUUGAAUGAUGAGGCUGGUCGGUCUGCAGAGAUUCCAUGACCAGGUUGAAGGUACCAUGACAGGAAGGUCUGCAUGAUAGUGCUGGACCGUUGGUGUUUUGAAAGCUGCAACUUUCUGCAAAGCUUCCAGUGUACUGGGAAAGUGAACAUGGACAUCUGUAGAAGAUGAGUACUGGAAGCAUCACCACAGCCCUGUAAAGCUUUCUAGAAUCUCCAAGAAAUCCGAGCUCACUAAUGGCUGAGGAGAUGUGGUAACAAAGAGACUGAAGAGUGUGCCCUUCGGUCACCUGACCCACACGGCAGCAGGACAAAGAUGUGGACUGGAGCUGAGGACCCACUUGAAGUCUGUGAAAUCAAUGUUAUUUCCCAGGGGUUCUUUUUCAGAAACUUUUUGGUUAAAUGAUCAAAGUUGAUUUAAGACCCUGUGGUUUUAGGAAGGGAUGACUGUGGGCUCAAGAAUAAAGGCUGUUAGGUGAAAGGUG